AUGUCCCACCCUUUGGACAAGGUGUCCCAUCUUCUGGAGAACAUAUCUCACCCUCUGGAGAACCUGUCCCAACCUCUGGAGAUGUCCCACCCUCAGAAGAAUGUAUCCCAGCCUUUGGAGGAGAUGUUCCACUCUCAGGAGAACCUAUCCCACCCUCUGGACAAGGUGUCCCACCUUCUGGAGAAUGUAUCCCACCCUUUGGAGGAGAUGUCCCAUCCUCUGGAGAUGUCCCACCCUCAGAAGAAUGUAUACCAGCCUUUGGAGAUAUUCCACCCUCUGGAGGAGAUGUUCCACGCUCUGGAGGUGUCCCACCCUCUGGAGAACAUAUCUCACUCUCUGGAGAAUAUGUCCCACCCUCUGGAAGAGAUAUUCCACCCUCAGGAGAAUGUAUCCCACCCUCUGGAGGUGUCCCACCAUCUGGAGAACAUAUCCCACCCUCUGGAGGAGAUGUUCCACGCUCUGGAGGUGUCCCACCCUCUGGAGAACGUAUCCCACCAUGUGGAGGAGAUGUUCCACCCUCUGGAGGAGACAUUCCACCCUCUGGACAAGGUGUCCCCCGCUCUGGAAGAGAGCCCCCGGGCCGGGAGCGGCGCUCGGACCGCGCCGGGACAGCCCGGGCUGGGGGCUGCGGGCACGGCCCCGGGGCUGCUGCCGGGCACGGAGCGGGCGGAGGAGGAGGAGGGCUGGACCAGGGAGGUGACGGACGGAGCAGCUGAAGCCCUGGGGACAGCGGUGACCCCGGAGCCCGGAGCGCUGCGGAGCGAGUGGCACCAGAACAGGGGGCUGCGCUCGGAUGUCACCGCGCUGGACGGGCUCGCCAUCGUGAGCGAUUCCUGCGGUGUCGGGAACCACUCGGUGCGGCUGAGCCUGAGCCCCGCAGCCGCCGCGGAGCCGCGCUCGGAGCAGCCCCACGACACCUUCGUGGCUCUGGUGGCCCUGCAGAGCGACAGCAGCCGGGCCCUGCUGCAGCUGCACUCGUGCUGCGUGACCCCCUCGGCCAGCCCCGGGGCUGCGGGGGCUCACUGCUGCCUCUUCCGCAGGCUGCCCUUGGAGUGCAGACACAUCCAGCUGCUGGAGGGCGGCAGCUCCAGGGCCACCAGCUUCUCCAUCCAGCUGUUCCAGAUGCUGAACCACUCCGUGGCCUACCUGCACUGCGAGCUGAGGGUCUGCCUGCCAGGCCAGCCAGGGUGUGAGCAGGACUGCUUGGAAAGUGUGGAGCCCCUUGCCCAGCCCAGUGACAGGACCAGCCAUGGAAACCUGCACAGGCUGGUCUCCCUCGGGCCCGUCUGGAGGAUGAACAACAGGUUUCUGUACAAGCCAGAGGAAGGAUUCGCCCACCCAGUGCUGGAUGUGAGAGAGCACAGCCACACUGCCAGCCUGGAGCUGAGCCUGAGUGAAAAGCAGAAUAUCAGAGCCAGCUGUGCCAUGGGCACGGAGCAGGGGGGGCUGGGCAGCCUGACCGUGUUCAGCAAGGAGGAUUUCGAGGAUGAGUGGCUGCGAGUGGCCAGCGGGGGCUUUGGCCACGUGUACCAGGUGAAGCACAGGAGAUGGAGGACGGUCUAUGCCGUGAAGUGCUCCCCGUACCUGCUGCAGGAUUCCAGCAUGGACAGGACCAGCAUGAACUGUCUAAUGGAGGAGGCCAGCAAGAUGGAGAAAAUCAAAUUCCAGCACAUUGUCACCAUCUACGGGGUGUGCAACAGCCCCCUUGGGAUAGUGAUGGAAUACAUGGCCAGGGGCUCCUUGGAGAGAAUCCUCCCCACCCACAGAAUGUCCUGGCAGCUGAAAUUCAGGGUGAUCCAUGAGAUGGGCUUGGCCAUGAAUUUCCUGCACAGCAUGAGCCCUCCCCUGCUGCACUUAGAUCUGAAGCCAGGGAAUGUCCUCCUGGAUGGGAACAUGCACGUCAAGAUCUCUGACUUUGGGCUGUCCAAGUGGAUGGAGCAGUCCAGCAGGAUGCAGUACAUCGAGAGCUCAGCUCUGAGGGGCACCCUGAGCUACAUCCCCCCCGAAAUGUUCCUGCAGAACAGCAAACCCCCGGGGAUCAAGUACGAUGUGUACAGCUUCAGCAUCGUCAUCUGGGAGGUGCUCAUGCAGAAAAAGCCUUACACAGGGGCCAACAUGAUGGCCAUCAUUGUGAAGGUGGCGGCGGGGAAGAGGCCAGGGCUGGAGCUCGUCAGGGACGACUGGCCCGGGGAGUGCCACCAGAUGGUGGACCUGAUGAAGAGGUGCUGGGACCAGGACCCCAAGCAAAGGCCCAGCUUUGCAGAUAUCCCUGUGGAGACCGACGUGCUGCUGGCUCUGAUCCAGAGCCUGGUGCAGGACCCAGAGAACGAGCGCCUGGUCAGGAAGAUGUCCCACAAACCGGCCAUCUCCAGGAGCCAGCAGGGUGACCGAGAGGAGUUCACCAGGAGUGGGGGAAAGGACCCGCAGGAGGUUCCUCUCCCACCUCCACAGGGGGAAGCGGGCAGCCCGGAGGAGCUGUGCCCCGAGGAGCUGGGCAGGGUGCAGGAGAACGGCCUGACCCCGCUGCACCUGCUGGUGCUGCAGGGCCACGCGGCCAAGGUGCGCUCGCUGCUGGGCCGCGGGGCGGGCGCCAACGUGGCUGCAGGCGGCGGCUGCACCCCGCUGCUGCUGGCCGUGCAGCGCCGGCUCCCCGACAUCUGCGCCCUCCUCGCCGAGCACGGCGCCGACGUGGACGCGGCCGACGAGGACGGCUGGAGCCCACUGCACUUUGCGGCCCAGCACGGCGAUGACCGCACGGCGCGGCUGCUGCUGGACCACCGGGCCCGCGCCGCCGCCCAGGAGCGCGACGGGUGGACCCCGCUGCACCUGGCGGCCCAGAACAACUUCGAGAACGUGGCGCGGGUGCUGCUGUCCCGCCAGGCCGACCCCAACGCGCAGGAAGUGGACGGCAAGACCGCCCUGCACGUGGCUGCGGGCUUCGGGCACGUGGGCCUGGUCAAGCUGCUGGCCAGCCAGGGGGCCGACCUGGAGAGGAAGCAGAAGAACCUCAGGACACCGCUGCACGUGGCCGUGGAGAGGGGCAAGUUCAGGGUGGUGCAGUACCUGCUGAAGAACGGCAUCUCCGUCAACAGCCUGGACCAGAACCACUACAGUGCCCUGCACCUGGCCGUGGUCAGGGGCAAGUACCUGAUCUGCGAGAAACUCAUCAAGUACGGGGCCAACGUGGAGCUGAGGACGGACAAAGGCUGGACCCCCCUGCACCUGGCUUCCUUCAAGGGGCACAUCGAGAUCAUCCGGCUGCUGAAGGGCAGCCGCGCCCGGCUGGACGCCAAGGGCGGCAUGGACUGGACACCGCUGCACCUGGCCACGCGCUACGGGGACGAGCCCGUGGUCAGCGAGCUGCUGCGCUGCGGGGCUGACCCCAACACGACCGAGAGGUCCCGCUGGGCCCCCCUGCACUUCGCCGUGCUCAGGGGCUCCUUCCUCAGCGUCAUCAACCUCCUGGAGUGCCGGGCCGACGUCAACGCCAGGAACAAGGUGGGCCGGACCCCGCUGCACCUGGCGGUGCUCAAGGGCAACGUGGCCAUCGUCAAGACCCUGCUGAAGGCGGGGGCCCUGCUGGACGUGGAGGACAUCACGGGGUGCACGGCCCUGCAGCUGGCCGUGAGGCAUCAGCGGGAGAACAUCAUCACCCUGCUCCAGGGCAAGGAGGCCUCAGGGAGCAAAGCUGGGAACAGGACUCUGAACGAGGUGAAGGUGCCCAGGCUUAUCCCAGGAAGGACAGAUCUGUAA